AUGGGACAUCGGCAAGCAUUCAUAGCAUUAUCUCUUGUGGUCUUUGUCCCCCUUUUAUUGAUUUUACCCCAUGCAGAAUCACUUCCAGAUGCCCUAAUUCCUCGCUAUUUCCAGGUGUCUGUGGAAACAAUGGCCAUUACGGCCCUCCCGAUAGACGUUUGGCUGAAGGAACGGCUAAAAAAAUGGGUACAGCUGUCUGGACAUGAAGGCAGUAUUGUUCCUGCAACCACAUGCACACUGUACAAGAAGCAAACUGGUAAUUGUAUGGAAGCGAGAGCAUAUGAGAAUAUCACAAAGGAUUCGGCCCUGAAUGGCUUUACACCACGUUACUUCAAACAACUGCAGAAGAAUGAUGAAUGCUUCAUUGAAAUCGAAGAUUUGCUACAACAGUUUGCUGAUCCGUCGAAAACGAGCAUUAUGGAUAUCAAGAUUGGUACAAGAACAUUUUUGGAGUCUGAAGUGUCAAACACAAAACGAAGGAAAGAUCUCUAUGAAAAGAUGACAGCCAUUGAUCCUGAUGAACCGACGCCUGAGGAACGAGCGUGCGGUGAAAUCACAAAACUGCGCUAUAUGCAGUUUCGUGAACGAGAAAGUAGUUCCGCUGAAUUGGGAUUCCGAAUAGAAGCUGCCAAGAUGCCCGGUGGUUCGUUACAAAAGAACUUCAAGAAAGUGCGAACAUACGAAGAUGUAACCAAGGCGCUGAUAGAUUUCUUUGGAACCGAUCGUGAGAGGAUACGGAGUAGGCUACUGGCACGAUUGAAGGCAAUGAGAUCAGCCAUUGAAAGGAGUCACUUCUUCGCCACUCACGAGGUGGUGGGAAGCUCUUUGCUGAUUGUCCAUGAUCAUGAAAAAGUGAACUGUUGGAUGAUCGAUUUCGCCAAAUCGUCGCCCGUUGAUUCCACGAGACGCCUGGAUCAUCGAACACCUUGGGUUCCUGGUAACUCUGAAGAUGGAUACCUCUUAGGAGUGGACAAUCUCAUCAAAGUGAGUCUCCGUGCAGUUAUGUUUUUAUUGAACGAGUUUCAUGAGUUCAUUUGUUGCUCCAUAUGUCAGAAUUAUCUUUUUUAUGAUUAG